AUGUUCACGAGCCAGCUACCACCCUCAUCUCCACCGUCGUUCCUCUUGGACGCAGGCUCUUUACACCAUAAAAACAUCCCAAUGGUCUUGCAGCAGCAUAGAUCGGCCCAGGAAACCAACGAAGCUCUCAUCGACGACUGCCUGAGUGUCUUGCGUGCCAUUGAGAUGAAGAUGACGACGCUCUUCCAAGGCGUCGCCGUCGUCACAGGUGCCGCUUCCGGGAUCGGCCGCCAGGUCGCCAUCUCCUUCGCUCGCGAGGGGUGCAGGCGCAUCGCCCUGCUCGACAGAGACGAGGACGGCGCCCUCGAGACGGCCCGCAUGUGCCGGGAGGCCAACGGCGAGACGCGCACCUUUGUCAUGGAGAUUGACAACCGCAACGAAGAGGACGUGACGGCCUGCAUGGAGAGCGUAGUGGAGGAGUGGGGGCGCAUCGACUACGCCGUAAACUGUGCCGGAAUGUUCGGCCCGCUGGCGCCGUCGCAUCUCUUGACGCCGGCCGAGUUUGACGACAUCACGGCCACCAACUACCGCGGUACCUGGCUCUGCUCCCGGGCCGAGCUGACGUACAUGAUCAAGCAGGAGCCCAUGAAGACGCACGACGGCAGGCCGGGCAACAGAGGCGUCAUCGUCAACGUCGCGAGCAACCUGAGUCUGGUCAGCCGGUCCGAGACGCGUGAGUUCCCACUGUCCCCUCCCAUUUUUCGAAGAAAAGAAGCCAUCGUCGAAACUAAGACUUCUCCUCUUACAGCGGCUUACAGCGCCUCAAAAGCGGCCAUACUGAGCAUGACGAGGAGUGACGCCGUCGACAGGCUCACCGAUCAGUAUGCGAAAUACAACAUCCGCGUCAACUGCGUCUGCCCAGGAAUCAUCGACACGCCGAUGACAAGCGAGGUAUCGCCAAACGACCCGAUCAUUUCCGUGGCGCCGAUGAAGCGCAAGGGUACGCCGCAGGAGGUCGCCGACGCCGUGCUGUUUCUCUGCAGCUCCAAGGCGACUUUUAUCCAGGGUGCCUCACUGUCCGUCGAUGGGGGCUACGUGAUCACCUAG